GGUGCGUAAUGCUAGUUAAGUGCAGAAGUGGAGCGAGAUCCAUGUGUUAACUCAUGUGGUAUGUCCACUCACGCCUGGGUGGGUGUAAUCAAGACGCCCUCUUUGUUUUGGCCGUCAGGUGUGUGACGAGCGGGGGUGGGGGGGACACAAUUCUUCCAGGUGAAGGCAUGCGAGCCGUUUGACUUGUUUUGUCGCUGCUGCCACACACGCAGUGAGUCAGAGCCACUUAACAUCUAUUCAGGUGCAAUUUGAAACCCGAGCAAGGCUUUCUCUGGAUUGUUGUGGUUUGGGUCUUGUCACCGGAUGACAGAUGCCACAAAUUACCCCCAAGUCUCUGAAAAAUGAGAUCCGUUUACCCUGAAAACACGGGCGACACUCGAUAUGUGACUCACUUGUGUGUAGGGGAACUAGCACCCAAAUCUGACCUCACUUUCUGGCCAACUUAACUGUGAGCGCUAAAAGAAGAAAAGCACCUUACAGGCGCAGUCACAGAGACACAUGCAGUCAGUGUGCGCACAGGAGGGUGGAGUCGGAAGAGUGGGGCUUUUUUUUUUUUUUUCCUCGCCAGAGGGGAUCACCUUUUGACUUGAUGCGCAAGGAAGGAAUCCAGGGUGAGGUUUUCGAGGGAAUUACGCGGCGUCAGACCGCAACGAAAUGUGUUCACGCCAAUUUCUGGUUUGGAAUCGCAUCCGAUUCUAAUUUCUAGGUGGUCUGACUUUCAUUUGGGAGCAUCCAGACACAGAGUUGAGUUUCUGUGCAGGCAUGGAGCGCACCGCACUGGCCCGUCCGCGCGUCCAGCCCUCGCCUCGGGCGGCGCGUAAAAGCGAGUGGCUCCGGAGCGCCCUGGCCCACCAUCACUGUCCUGACCCCGGAGCGGAGAACGAAGUCGUCGUCCUGGCCACCGGGAUAGACCAGUACUUGCAGGAGGUCUUCCACCACCUCACCUACUCCAACAGGAACGACACGAUGUCGGCGGAGGAUUUCUCUGCGCUGUGCUCCGUGCUGGGACUCACAGAGAAAAGGAAGAGGGCGAUCAAAGGAGGAACUGGAGAUGGUCAGAACGAUGAGGAGGAUGAAGAGUUUGGGGAUGUAUGUUCUGGGCUGCCCGGCCAGAUCUCCUUUAAAGACUUCCACUCGCGGCUCUGCGGGUAUUUCCGUGUGCGCAGCGCGCGUCGAGGCGCCGGGGAGUGCGCCGGGCGCCUGCCCGUCACUGAGGACACCGAGCUGGUGGAGCGGCAGAUCCGGGUCCGGUGGCCGCGAGUCAGGCGGAGGAAAUGUGUGAGUUUUGAUCUGACGAGGGAUCAGAGUGGAGCCGGAAACAGAUCAAUCAAAGCUCGAGCCGCAGAAGAACGCGAGCCAGAUGAGGUAGCAGCUCUGAGGGAGCUGGUGGAGGACCUCCGCUCGGCGCUGCAGGGGAGCGACGCUCGCUGCCUGGCCCUGGAGGUGGCCCUCCGGCGGGAGCGGAGCCGCACCGUCCCCCCCCCGCCCGGCUUCAGCUCCACAGUUCCCACUCAACCCACGACCUCCAUCACCCUCAGACAGGGAAAACUGGUGCCAACCCUGAGAAUUAAAGGACACAGCAGCGUCGCCGGGGGAGAAGGGACGAGGAGGGCGGCGAGGAGGCGGGACAUCAGGGACCCCCUUCUGAGGGAGCUGAAGCUGAUCCGCUCCUCACGGGACGGGCAGCUGGAGGAGGCCAUCAAAUACAAUGAGUGUCUGGAGGAGGAGCUGCGGUGGGCGUACCAGGAAGUGCGCAAGCUCCAGGGGGUGGAGUCUGCGCUGAGGAAGGAGAACACCCACAUCAGGAGGCGGGCAGAGGAGGCCAGGGAGGCUCUGAGCUUGGGACUUCAGAGGGUUCGGAAGAUCCAGGAGCAGGCUCAGUCGGUGCCACAGCUCCAGUCCAGGAUCGCCCAGCUGGAGACAGAACUGCAGCAGUACAGGUCCCGCUGCACCUGCAUCCCUGACCCCACCCAUCAACAAACGUACCCAGUCACAGUAGAAGACACCUGUGGCAAGACAGGUGCAGAGUGUCUGCAGAGGGCGGUGGAGGGGAGAGCUGCGUCUGAUGAAGAGGAGGAGGACAGGGAGAUGAGGGAGGAGGGACAAUGCGGCCUGACGGAGGUGAAGAAGCAUAUCGGCCGACUGCACGGCUGUGGCAAAGGAUGUCAGACGCAUGCAGUCCACCAACCUCCCUCUCAGAGUGAGAAAAACGUUGUUGGCGCUUUAAAGGACAGCAGGGGGCGCUGCAGCUGGAAGGGACAAAACCAGGAGCGGCCAGAGGGAAGCAGGGGGUUUGAAAAGGAAAAGACACCUGACGAAGAGGAGGACAAGACGAGGCUGGAGGAGAAAGAAAAGACACGUCUGUCUCUGAUGGAGGAGAAGCUGACGGACGCCCUCACACUGCUGCUGCAGCUACGCAACAAGAACGUGUCCCGCAGGGCCCUGGAGAAGCUUGUGAUGGACACUCUGCAUGUGUGCAGUAGGAGUGGGGAUGGUCCGUCUCAGGUCCUGCAGGUGGCCGACGCUCUCUGUGCCCGGCUGUCCUCCAGGGAACUCGUCGGAAGCGGCGGUGACGAUGACGCAGGAGAGAGCAGAGAGAAACUCCUGGCUCCGUCUUCAGGGUGUCAGAGCAGCGUGAACCCUCUGCUCAUCUCCUGUUAGCUGAGCUUCAGUACUGGUACUUAUCCUUCAGUUUAUCCUGUUUAUCUUUGGCUUGUUUGCACCCAUGUUUGUUUUCCACAAUGUAUCCCAGAUUAUGAAACUGGUUCAGUGUAUUUAAAGAUUAAUUUUAUUCACUUUAUUCGAUCUCUCUUUGUCCUUCUUUUCUAAUUUAAUUUUUAAUAAUUAAAUGUUUUUAUCCAACCUUGA